CCUCGCAAGUCUCAUGUCUUCGGAAACAUCUUGAUAAUGAGGAUUGCAUAUAUUUAAAGGAUUCUGUUUAAUUUUUCUCGAAUUUGUUUGCAUAUGUUUUUCAUAAUCGAGCCAAGAUGGUGAACACAUUUUUUAAUUCUCGCUACUAAAAAGUGUUCAAGGAAAUCUCAUGGACGUUUGUUCAAGUAUAUCAUAUACGAGAAUCUUUCAUUCAAUUUUUUCUACAAACAUUCUCGUAACAUUAUUUGAAAGCAAAUCAUUGUUUUUGCCUCAGGUCAUUCGCUGUACGCUCGGCAGACGACAGUUAGUAAUCAGACGAAAUAUUCGCGCCUCACGUCGCUUGUGUACCUUAGGGGUGUUUUCAGUAGCGCGCAGACGACAUAUCCUUACAGUUAUUUAACUGUCAGUCAAUCAAGUGGCCCGGCCUCGUUUUGGGGUUUUGUUUUUGUUGUGGUGUGCUGGAAAGACUCUGGUGUUGUUAGACUUCUGGGUACUUAGAUACAUUGACAGGCCUCGGAUACUAUACAGCACAUACUCGACUUACUACCCCGAGGAAAGUUAGAAAGAAAAAUUAUCAGAAUUUCUUCAAGAAAUAAUAUCUGUGGACGACUACAACAUUGUGUGCACAUGGAUGUUUGUUUACUAUCUCUAAAUGUAUAACUUUCCGAGGAAGAAAUUUUGAUUUGAUUUUGACUUUCCUUUCACCUGUGAAAAAGUUUACUUAAAAAGCAGACCAAAUGAAAAUCAUGUCAACAUCCAGCGGGGUCAGUGAUUCGGACGAUAGCUGUAAAGACCAAUACGAACCGAUACGGAAACUUGCAAUGGUGCAACUUCAGCCUCCUAGAAAUCCAAACAAACCAUUCACGUCAUUUGCAAUCAAGGAUAUUCUAGGAUCUAGCAAUAAUAAUAAUAAUAAUGUGCAACAUAGAAAUUUACAUUUUAAUAAUGCUAUUAAUUCGAGGAUCGUACGACCAUGGGAUAACCGAUCCAGUCCGGGUCGAGAUUCAGAACUUUCAUCGGAUGCUGAAGAAGAAGAAAUCAACGUCGACGACGAUGAUCAAAUCCCAAGCAUGAAAACAGUAUCCCCUCUCGAUGCUUUGAUGGAAAUGGCAAAUAAAACAUUUGAGGGAUUAGAAACAGCUGAUGCAGCAGAUGCUAAACGACGAGAGCAAGCUGCACUGUUCGGGAAACACCAGCCUCCAAAGAAAAGAAGGAAAUCCAGAACGGCGUUUACAAACCAACAGAUAUAUGAACUCGAAAAGCGAUUUUUAUACCAGAAGUAUUUAACACCAGCCGAUAGAGACGAAAUCGCUCAGACGCUUGGUUUGACAAAUGCUCAAGUUAUAACAUGGUUCCAGAACAGGCGUGCAAAACUUAAACGUGAUCUCGAAGAGCUUAAGAAUGACGUCGUCCAUGCAAAGCUUGACACAGAUGACGAAGAAAUGGAUAAUUCACGGCGAGAAAGUGACAUGGACAGUGAAUCAGAACCUUCUCCCGCCAAAUUAUCAAAGAGUUGUAUAGACAGUGAUCAGGACAAUUCCGAGAAGGAAAACACGUGUUUAUCGGACAGGGAGAAUAACAAUAAUUCAGAUGCAGAACCGGACGAACUGACGUCAUAGCUAGGAUGAAAAGAUGUGUUUAAUGUGAUAAUGUUCGUCCCUUAUUUAGUCCGAGUCGCUUACAUGUUUGAUAUGUUAUCAAUAUGUUGGACGUGCAAGAUAUCAAGACAACCUAUAUCAUGUCUCUGUAAGAGAUAACACGAAGGGUAAACCCGCCUUUAUAGUUCAGAAUGUGACGUAGACAAAUGCGUCAUAUGUCUUAACGGCGUCUUAUGCUUUGCAAUUUUGCAUAUACAUUUAACACCUUCAUCGUUGCUAGUUGAUAGUAGACGUCGGUCUCAUUGAGCCCGCUUGGAGGAUAUCUAAGCAUUUCUGUGACCUUGAUUUAUUGGGUGUUAUUGACUAUUAUUGCAUAAUCGUGCUACUACUAUUUAUGAAACAGUACAGCUUGUAUGUUCAAAGAAGAUAUGUAGCCUAAAGUGUACAUGAUCGUUAGUCCCUCGUUUAAUACACGUUAUAGCUUUCCUUGAGAACAGAAGUUAUGUGUUCAGAUUCAUCACAUUGAACCAAACUAAUAAUAUGCUGUCAUUUAUUAAUACUAGGUUCGGACGUAUAUAUUAAAUUAAAGCUUCUUAACGAAACAAGCACCAAAGUAAAAUGUCUAAAUUGACGAUAUUUAUUAUAAAUAUGUCUAACUUGGAAAUGUAUAUCAUUUCUGGCGUGUUUCUACUCUCUCAUUUUCUAUAAUAAUUAUCUGCUUUGGAAUAUGCAAUUAUUAUGUCUGUCUUUGCUGAAUCUAAAACGACGUUCAAUUAACAACUAUAUAUGUAAUCCAUACAUUAUAUUUAGUGACAAAAAUGGUUUUGAGUUUUCUGUUUGAAAAACAUAUUGGUUUUAUAUAUAGUUCAUCUCAUACGAAACUGAAUCAGUAAAGUUGAGGAAGAAUGAAUAUGGAUAGGUGAAUGCAUUUAAAUAUUAUCUAUUGUAUAUCUGUCACGAGGUAAAGGCAAGGUAGGGUUGAAGUCUUAACAGAAAAGAUAAGCGGAAUCAGUGAGAAAUCCCAAUAUUUCAAAAUCGAAAUUUUAUUAAUUUUAAAAAGCAUUUAUUCAUAUCAUGAAAAUAUGCUAAUUGCUUGCAUGAUUUGUAUUAGCAUAAUCCCAUACGGUUUACUUAGAUUUUGUUUGCACAGUUGUCUGACAUACUAUACACCCACUACCGAAUAAUUUGAAAAUAAAUCCAAUCAGUAUAAUUUUCAGUCAAAAUUCAUAAACAAACAGUAUCAUAUUAUGCCAGAUAUUUUCUAUUAUUUUCUGUAUGGCUUGUUUCUAAAAGAGAAAGGAACUGCAAACAAUAAUACAUUUCGCAAAAAAAUACAUAUUAUAUUAACAGUCAUAUAUUUAUAUCAUUACAAAUCAGAACGUUCAACCGAAACACUUGCUAUAUUCCCGACGGUCUCGCAAAGUUUGAAACUCCCAGGUCAAACUGUAUAUCAUUUUAUUGAUAUGAUAUAUUUACUUUGUCAAAAUCUGAUUCAAACGAGAAUGGUUUGCAAAAUGGCGUCUGGUUAUUCAAUCUAAAAAAAAUAGGUUAACAAUAUAAAUUGAACCAUUUAAGAUUUAAAAAUAUUUUGUACAAUUGUAUGUUUAAAAUAAGCGUCUAUGUCAAAUAUCAAUCAUUUAUUCAUAGACAUCUGUUCUACCUCAGUGCUUUGUAGAUGAUAACAGUAGUGUAAUAAUAUUAGUAACGAUAAGUAAGCAUUCUUUGAGUACUAUAUUUUCGUAAACAAUAUUCGUAUAUAUACAGUUCUUUCAAAAAAAAAAGAUCCACAACUUAAUUGUCAAUUAUACAGAUAAAUGUAUAAAAUGUUGCUUGAACGAACUGAAAUAUUUUGAAAACAUACCAGUUUUAUGUUCUGCUUUUAUUAAACCUUGGGCCAUUGGCAUUCUCUUUCAGCACAGUUAAAUAUAUAAAAGUACCAUAAUAAUUUUAUCUGAAGCUGAUUUUGUGGUCAAAGUUCAUUCACAAGAAGGGUAAAAUAACACCUACGUCUAUAAGAACUAUUGUUACUCAAUAAGGUUGCACAUUGAUUAACCAAGAGUGCAGAAUAUAAACACAUUGCACUUUCGAUACAGUGCUUUGAAUUCAUUUCAGUUAUCCAAGUGUAAGGCCGACACCAGUGUUAAUUUGUCUUUCUACAAUUUUACCUCAGACAACACCGUUUAUAAUUCUUUUAUUCUUCAUGGACAUAUUAUUUUAUUGGACAUUUUGUUUUACUUACACCGACAUACUGUUCCCCUUUCUCUUUAGCUUUUGUAGAUUGUUAUAUAUGUACAGGCCAUAUAUUUGAGUUUGAAUUAAGAAAUGGCAAUAUAUACCUCUGCAAUAUAUACCGUUGUCGCUUACUGACUGUCGAAUGUGAAUUCCAUGACGUUGUUAAAACUAUGAAACAUAAAUUGAUUUGUAUAACAAUAUGAUUAUAAAGUUCCAUUUUCAUUGCAAAAUAUACCCAUACCCACACUCAAUUAGAUGUGAAUGAGUUUUAAAAGUUGAAAUACAAUAGUUGGAAACAUGAUCAUGAAAGUAACAUCCAUUUUCAUCAGAAGUACACUCAAUGCAUUACUUCAAAAUAAAAUAAAUCAAAUUAUAUUUUAACUAUUUUCACCUACAUAACAUAACGGUUUUAAUUAUGUAGGCUAGUUUCUUUAAUAAAAAAACCGUUUCAAACAGAAAUACGAAACUAAUUGAUGUAGCCUUGAAAACUAUUUGGAGCCAGCAUAACUGAAAUAAACAUGUCAUUGCCACCAUUUCCCACAGGAACAGAAUGUCGUUAAAAUGUAGUUAAACAAUUAUUUACAAGCCUUCAAAAUACACACCGGCUACAUAAUUAAAUAAAGCUUCGACAAACGAUAAUCAUGCUUAUUUAACAACGGUACGAGAUAAAGAAAAGACCGUAAAAAGUCUGUCCUAUUUCAUCCUCAUCCGAUUUUCAUCGUAAAGUCAUCCAUCAUCAUCGUUUUCGUCUGUAUUCUCUUUAUCUCAUCUACUGCCCUCUAAUCCUUAAAGUCAUUCAUAUCGUCGUUGUCAGCAAUUGUCACCCAUAUGUCCAUCAUCUACGUUUACUGUACCAUGCGUCGCAUGUAAGGUUUAAUAUAACAUCUGGUUAUGGUUGUUGACAGAAUUGUUAGCUUAACACGAACCAUGAUGGAAGAUGAAUAAUCAGGUCAUUAGAUAUUUAAAAAAAAGUGUAUGCUUGAUUAAAGGAACGUUACAAAAGAUAAAAUAAAAGGAUUCAUGGUUAAUACUCAAACAAGCCUGGUUUCAGUAACCUCUACCUUCCUUAAGUACUGCCCAUAGGGGGAAGUUGAAGUCCAGCAAAAUUCUUUGUAGAAAUGUUCCAAAAAACUUAAGUGUAUACGCACAGGAAAAUAUUUAAUAAGUAAGAUUAUUUUAACAAACAGGUUUUUUCAUGAAAAUUAUGUAACAAUAAUUCAAUACUAAAAAUGGGGGAUGGGAAAUGGUUUUCUGACAAAAAAGGCUUAUAGAAAUAAUAUUAAAAAAUACACAGUUUGAUUUCAAACAAAUGGGUCUUGGCCAAUAUGUUAUACAAUAUCACAUUGACUGAUGUAGAAAAUAUGUAUAUGUUUAAAUAGGUAUUUAUAACAUUAUCCUGUCUGGUUAAACUCAACAGUCGUUAUACAACCAUAUCCAGAUGUUAUUAUCUGUAUAUUAUGAAAUUUGAAAUUGUAAAUUCACCAUUAAAAUAUGUUAUUUACAAAUGUAAAUUAAAUGAU